UGAGCUGAAGAAUGUGCCGUGCCUGCUGCAUGGAGGAGCCCAGCAUACCUCAGAGAUAGCAGAAACAAAAGAAUGUCUGACAGUAUCUGAAGAAUCUGAUAGUUGCUUUGUCUUGCAAAGGAUUAAAGGAAUUUUUCAGAAUUGGGAAAAAUAAAAUUUCUAUGGUUUUCAUAGUGAGAUUUUUCCUGUAUUUUAGGUGCCGGUGGAUCAUCCACAGUAUUGCUUUUUUAGUUAGCGUGACUGUGUGUUUUUUAAAGGAAAUGUGACCUGGAUUUUGUGAGCUUAUUAUACACAGUAAAUGAAUGCAGCUGUUUUAGUUUACUGAUCCCUUAUAACAGCUCAAGUAAAUUGAAGUAAAGCAAAAAAUACGUGCGUGUGGGAUCUGAAUUAAAUUCCACUCUUUGGCUUUAUGUGGAAUUGUGGAUUAUUAUUACAUAUUUGUAGACAGUUGUGUGUAUGAGGGGAGUGAGACAUCCAACCUUGAAAAGAUUUAGGAAAGUCAAACAGAUUUUUUCCAGUGUGACUUGCUAAAUGUGCCACAAAGAGGCAGGCAAAAUUACAUACAGCUAGUCAGAGACCGUGGCUGCAGUUCUUCAUGACAGGCGAGUGAAAGACCAUGUCCUAUUUUUAGCAAGUGGACAGAGGGGCGAGUGGGAGGGGGAGAAAAAGUUUGAAAAUAAUGGACUUCUUUAACAGUUAGAGAGCAAAGCUAGUGAGAAGCAAGUGAGCUUUAGUGAUCACCAGUCGAAGUAUGGAUGAUUCAAGUAUCCUUCGAAGAAGAGGGCUGCAGAAAGAGCUCAGUCUCCCCAGAAGAGGAAGCUUAAUCUCCUCUCCUUUGUUCUCCCACUGCCGAGGAAAUGAUGUUCAUCAGCACAUGUUCUCUCCUACAUCUGCUCCAGGUCUGCAGCAUCUUAAAUUCCCAUUUAGUGCUGACUGUGCACUUGUCACUUCUCCUCUAGUAUUUUACCUGAACUCAAAAGCCCAGAGCAAUCCAUCUAGUCCGUGCUACAGCCAUCCUUUUCAGUGGAGCUGUCGGACGAGCAACAGGAAGAGUUUGAUUGUAACAUCCAGCACGUCUCCAACUCUCCCACGGCCACAUUCCCCCCUUCAUGGGCACACAGGUAGCAGCCCCUUGGACAGUCCCAGGAAUUUCUCUCCAAAUGCACCUGCUCAUUUUUCCUUUGUUCCUGCCCGAAGCCAUGGACACAGAGCAGACAGAACGGAUGGACGCCGCUGGUCCUUGGCCUCCCUUCCUUCAUCUGGAUAUGGAACAAACACUCCCAGUUCAACAGUUUCAUCAUCAUGCUCAUCUCAGGAGAAGCUGCACCAGCUGCCCUUUCAGCCCACGGCAGAUGAACUUCAUUUCCUGACAAAGCAUUUCAGUACCGAGAGCAUCACUGAUGAGGAAGGGCGUCAUUCUCCGGCCUUGAGGCCUCGGUCUCGCAGUCUCAGCCCUGGUCGCUCUCCAGUUUCCUUUGACAGUGAAAUAAUCAUGAUGAAUCAUGUGUACAAAGAAAGGUUUCCAAAGGCCACGGCACAGAUGGAAGAGCGGCUGGCUGAGUUUAUUGCCUCGAAUGCUCCAGAGAACGUGCUGCAAUUAGCGGAUGGGGUCCUGAGUUUCAUUCAUCAUCAAGUUAUUGAACUGGCCAGAGAUUGCCUAGAUAAAUCACGUGAAGGUCUUAUUACUUCUCGGUACUUUUAUGAGCUGCAGGAAAACUUAGAGAAACUUCUCCAGGAUGCCCACGAGAGAUCCGAGAGCUCCGAGGUUGCCUUCGUUACCCAGCUUGUGAAGAAGCUGAUGAUUAUCAUCGCCCGGCCAGCUCGGCUGCUCGAGUGCCUGGAGUUUGAUCCUGAAGAGUUCUACCAUUUGUUGGAAGCUGCAGAAGGCCAUGCCAAGGAAGGGCAAGGAAUUAAAUGUGACAUUCCUCGUUACAUUAUCAGCCAGCUGGGACUCACCAGGGAUCCCCUGGAGGAAAUGGCCCAGUUGAAUAGCUAUGACAGCCCAGACACUCCCGAGACAGAUGAUUCAGUUGAGAGCCGUGGGGCCUCUGUUCAGUCAAAGAAAACUCCAUCUGAAGAAGAGUUUGAAACUAUUAAACUGAUCAGUAAUGGUGCUUAUGGAGCGGUGUAUUUGGUGCGGCACAAGACCACCCGCCAACGUUUUGCCAUGAAGAAGAUCAACAAACAGAACCUGAUCCUGAGAAACCAGAUCCAGCAGGCCUUUGUGGAGAGAGAUAUCCUGACAUUUGCUGAGAACCCCUUUGUGGUCAGCAUGUUCUGCUCCUUUGAGACCAAGCGGCACCUGUGCAUGGUUAUGGAGUACGUGGAAGGAGGUGAUUGUGCUACACUUCUCAAGAACAUUGGUGCCCUACCCGUGGAUAUGGCGAGGAUGUAUUUUGCUGAGACUGUUCUGGCACUGGAGUACCUACACAAUUAUGGAAUUGUUCACCGUGACCUAAAACCUGAUAAUCUCCUCAUAACUUCAAUGGGUCAUAUUAAACUAACAGACUUUGGACUGUCCAAAAUUGGGUUAAUGAGUCUUACAACUAAUCUUUAUGAGGGCCACAUUGAGAAGGAUACCAGGGAAUUCCUGGACAAGCAGGUCUGUGGGACUCCAGAGUACAUUGCACCAGAGGUGAUCCUGCGCCAGGGCUAUGGGAAGCCUGUGGAUUGGUGGGCCAUGGGAAUUAUCCUCUACGAGUUCCUGGUGGGCUGUGUCCCUUUCUUUGGGGACACACCUGAGGAGCUGUUUGGACAAGUGAUCAGUGAUGAAAUUGCCUGGCCAGAAGGAGAUGAUGCACUACCACCAGAUGCCCAGGACCUCAUUUCUAAGCUUCUCCGCCAAAAUCCUCUGGAAAGAAUGGGAACAGGUAGUGCCUUUGAAGUGAAGCAGCAUCGGUUCUUUAAAGAUUUGGACUGGAAUGGAUUACUCCGGCAGAAAGCUGAAUUCAUCCCACAGUUGGAGUCUGAGGAUGACACAAGCUAUUUUGACACCCGUUCAGAACGGUACCAACACCUGGAUUCAGAGGAGGAAGAGGACACUAAUGAUGAUGAUCACGUGGAAAUUCGGCAGUUUUCCUCCUGCUCACCCAGGUUCAGCAAGGUGUACAGCAGCAUGGAAAGGCUUUCCAUCCAUGAGGAGAGGAAGACUCCACCACCAACCAAGCGGAGCCUGAGUGAGGAGAAGGAUGAUCGUCUGGACAGCCUGGGGGGCUUGAAGAGCCGGGACCGCAGCUGGGUCAUUGGGUCUCCUGAAAUCCUGCGCAAGCGCCUGUCCAUGUCCGAGUCCUCGCACACGGAGAGCGACUCCAGCCCGCCGCUGACGGUGCGGCGCCGCUGCUCGGGGCUCCUGGACAUGCCCCGCUUCGCCAUCUCCGCCGAGGACGAGGGGGCCGCCCUCAAACGGCCCCAGUCCGAGGGGAUGCUGCUGUCCACGGUGCAGGCGCGGGAGGGGCUGCCCGUGCCCAUUCCAGAACAGCCUGUGGAGCACGAGCUGCAGCUGGAAGGGGAUGCCGGAGCCACCACCCCCUCCACGGCCACCGGCAGCGCCUCAGCGCUGACAGCUGGGAGCACUGCAGAUUUCUCUGAUCCACGAGCUCGCAGUAAUAGCAAUGAAGGCCCAGACUUUACCACUCCAAAAGCCAUCAGCGAUUUGGCAGUGCGGCGGGCACGACACAGGUUGCUCUCUGGGGAAUCAGGGGAGAAACGUACCUCGAGACCUGUCAAUAAAGUGAUUAAAUCAGCAUCCGCUACUGCCUUGUCUCUCCUGAUUCCCUCAGAUCACCACACGUGUUCUCCAUUGGCCAGUCCAAUGUCACCUCAUUCUCUCUCCUCCAACCCAUCUUCGAGGGACUCCUCACCCAGCCGUGACUUUUCUCCUGCUAUCGCAAACCUGAAACCACCAAUCAUCAUCCAUCGGGCUGGAAAGAAAUACGGUUUCACUCUGCGCGCCAUUCGCGUCUAUAUGGGUGACAGUGAUAUCUACACUGUGCAUCACAUGGUCUGGCACGUGGAGGAAGGGGGUCCGGCAAACGAAGCAGGUCUGCGGGAAGGGGAUCUGAUCACCCACGUCAACGGGGAGCCGGUCCACGGGCUGGUGCACACCGAAGUGGUGGAGCUGAUUCUGAAGAGUGGAAAUAAAGUGUCCAUCUCCACCACACCAUUUGAGAACACAUCCAUCAAAGUUGGUCCAGCUCGAAAAGCCAGCUACAAAUCCAAGAUGGCUCGUAGGAACAAGAAGAGUAAAACAAAGGAUGGUCAGGAAAGUAAGAAGAAGAGUUCUCUGUUGAGGAAGAUCACUAAACAAGCAUCGCUGCUUCACACCAGCCGGAGUUUAUCAUCCCUGAACCGGUCUCUGUCAUCUGGAGAAAGUGUGCCUGGCUCUCCAACUCACAACCUGUCUCCUCGCUCACCAACCCAGAGCUACAGAUCCACUCCAGAGUCAGUACACUCAGUUGGUGGCAAUUCUUCCCAGAGCAGCUCUCCCAGUUCCAGUGUUCCCAAUUCUCCAGCCAGCUCUGGACACAUCAGACCCAGCUCUCUGCAUGGCCUGGCACCAAAGCUCCAGAGGCAGUACAGAUCUCCAAGGCGUAAAUCCGCAGGAAACAUCCCUCUGUCCCCCCUGGCUCACACUCCAUCACCAACCCCACAGUCCACGUCACCACAGCGCUCCCCAUCUCCUUUGCCAGGACACUCAAUUGGCAGCUCCAGUAUUAUCCAGUCUUUCCCAGUGAAACUACACUCCUCUCCACCACUGGUGAGACAAAUUUCUCGCCCCAAAAGUGCCGAGCCCCCUCGGUCUCCUUUGCUGAAGAGAGUGCAGUCAGCCGAGAAGCUGGCUGCCUCUCUGUCCUCCUCUGAGAAGAAGCUGGGUUCCUCACGGAAGCAUAGCUUGGAUAUCUCUCACUCUGAGUUCAAGAAGGAGAUGCUGCAGCGGGAUCCCAGCCUCCAGAGCUUGCAGGAAUCUGCCAACGAAACGACAGGCGGCAAACUUGGGCUGGCGGAAAAAGGGAUGCUGCAGAAGCCGGGCUCACGGAAGCUGGGUGCCAUUCGGCAGGACAGGGUGGAGAGGAGGGAGUCUCUGCAAAAGCAGGAGGCCAUCAGGGAAGUAGAUUCUUCUGAAGAUGAAACAGAUGAUGGUUCAGAAGAUAGUCAGGAUGGGAGAAGGCUGGACAAGCCCCGUGGCAGUGGAGACCGAGGCUCAGAUUCUUUUAAUGAGGAUAAUAAGUUUUCAUCUAAAUUGGAAAGCAAGGAUAGUAUUGAAGAUGAUGCCUUUCUACCUGAAGAUCCAAAAGGUACAGAAGAUUUGCAGAAGGGAAAUACUCAACAAGCAAAGCCUGUUUCAGAGCUGCUGCAAAUCAGUGUGCACCCCUCCCCACCAGAGCUCCCCUCAAGAACUUCUCCAGAAAAACUAGCUAAUUCAGAAAAGCCAUUCCUAAAAUCAGAAACGACUGCAAAGGAGCCUAAAUUGCCAGAAAACAAAACUUUGGAAUGUUUUGGUUCAAAAGACAGGUCUUCUGAAGCAAUCAAAGAUCUCGGGAGAACUCCAGGUACUCAAAAACCAGUAGAUGGCACAGAACAUACGCAGUGCCCAUCAAUCAAACUCCUGGAACUUGAAGAAGGUGAUUCCUCUGGGACCUCCUGUGGUAAACUUGACUUGAAAGAGCCUGUGCUAACAGAAAGCAGUCAGAAAAAACAGGAUUCCAAACCUCUGCUGGCACAUUCCUCAUGGUGCACAGCAAACACGAGCACUCCUGUCACGGUGAGCCCCCCAGACCGCGGUGAGAAGGGUCGCAAGGAGACGCCUCAGCCUGUGGAACAGCACAGCUCCUCAUUUCUGUCUCCUGGGAGCACCAGUGAAACAUCCCAAAGAAGUCCUAGCCCCGACAAGCAGCAGCCCAGCUCAUCCCAGGCAGAAGGUGCUUUAACCUCCAGCAAAACGAGCCCAGCAGGACCCGUGUCCUCCCCACUCCUCGUCCCCGGUGCCAUCGAGCGCGUGCUCUCCGUGUCCCAGUUAAUGCCCCUGGCCCAGAGUGUGCUGGGCCCUUUGAAGCUCACUAUGUCUGGGUCUGGGGAGGUGGAAACGAGAAAGGAUUUGGGUACCUCCUGUAAAGAGGAGAGAGAUUUGAAACAAAAAAGGCAGGACAUUUCACAAGUAGGAGAGUGUCAAGAGAAAGCCAAACCCUCUAGCACAGACGGUCUGACCACGAGGAGUGGGUCCUGUGCAGAGUCCUUGCACCCAGCAAAGCCCUGGGAGGCACCAUGUCCCGUGGGGGCCAAAAAGGAGGCAACGUGUCCUGUGCUGGUCAAAAAGGAGGAACCUUUUUGCAGUGCUAAAGCCUCUGAGGCGUUGGCAGGUGGCUGCAAAAUCACUCCAUCAAAAGAGCUGUCUCAUGCUCUUGGACAAGCAGCUCUGAGAGCCUCUCCUCUGCCAGAUGGCAGCACAAGGCCCUGUAAAGAAGGGACUCUGGCACAAGCAAAAAGCAAAGAGGUUGGAAAUCAGUUAAAAAUACAAGACUUUCCCCUGUCACAUGAUGAUGCUGUGAAGAAAACAUAGCAGCAUCGCUGGUACUCAUGGACUGGAGCAUUCUACAUUCAAAAUAGAGACUGCAUGUUUGAAUUUUGUAAUAUACACUAAUAUAAAAUAGAACUUGUGUACAUCUAUUUUUGGGAGGGUUUUUUUCAUACUGUUUUUUGUGUUUUUUCAUCCUUGCUAUUCUAUUUUUGUACACAGUAGUGCUUGCUGUUUGAGGUCUCUUUAGAACAGGGUAUCUUUAAAGCAGGGCUUAAGAAACACUUUGGUUUGUUUUUUUUUUUUUUUCCCUUCCACACCUUUUAUUUUGCCUGAGUUUAGGGCCUGAUGUGCUCUUCCCUCUAAUUCGGCAUUUAUUUGAGAUCCCAAAAAUUCUGUGUGCAAAAAAGGCAGCUUGUUUUUAAAUUUCUGCUUUUCUGCAGUCUCUUUGAAAUUCCAUUGAAAUUCACAAAUGUCAAGUUUUUGCUCCAGUUUUACAAUCUGAUGUCUCUUGACAAGAAUAAGAACCUGCCCUCUUGUCUGCAAGUUAUUCUGAAACGACAGACCCUCUUUGGUGCAAGUAAAACCUCUUUGUCACCAUGUGUCUUCACAGUCCUGUGUCCUUGGAGGAUGUAGAGACAAAGGACUUGGCUGGAGAGACUGGAAAGACAGAGAUCCCUGUCUGCUCUUUAUAAUAAGGAAGAGUAUUUUUCAAUGGAAUUAUCAGAAAGAGAACUCUCCAAUCCAUAAGCUGGCUUUUUUGGGGAUUGUUUUUACUUAUCUGUAUGGGACACAUGGCAACAUUUCCCUCUGUUUUUAAAAUUUUAGUGAUGUUUUAUUUUCCUUUCUCUGGCUUCAAUUCAUAACUUGCCCUGCCUCAGAGUAAGUGACCCCAGGAAAGGGGUGCCUGUAGGUUGGUUUUAAAGUAGAAAAAAUUGUAGUUGCGUAUUCUCCGGUGUGUCUGGCAAAAUUAUCUCAAUGAAGAACGACCUUUGGAGACUUUUCCUUCUCUUGGUGAGUCUAAAUAGGUAGGGAUUUUAAGGUGUCCCUUAACAUUUCUGAAUUGGGGCUUGGGAAACUUGCUGAGUUUUCUGAAUUAGCCCAUUUUAAAAACAAACCUAUGAAGAGUUCAGACUCCUUGAGUUCUGUGGUCAGGCUGCAAACAGACUUCAAAACACAUGUGAUAUUUUCAGAUUUCAGCUUUGAUAGUUAAAUCAUUUCAACUGCUGAAGUCACUUUGCAUUAAAAACUUACUCUUUGCUCCUAGGUUUAGACAUCGCUUUGCUUUAAGUGUGACUGGCUCUGGGUGCCAGUGCUCCUUGCUGAGCAUUAGACCAAUAAUAAUGCACCAAUAAAUGUGUCGAGUGGUGAUACCUGUAGCACUGUAAGCCAUUUCUUCAUCCAAUUAAAGGUUCCUCUCAAUGAACACUCCCAUCAUUUGUCCCAGAUUGUGCUCAGCUUGUAUCCUCGUCUUGUCUGAGUGGAUCUCCCUGCGGAUCACCCUCACUGGCUUACUCUGUUACACGCAGAAUGGCUGUGCAACAGUAUUCCAGGCUAAAACCCAUCUCUGUUGGUCUGAUUUCCUUACACUGCUGCUUCCUUCACUGUCUUGGCUUUCUCUGAACUUGAAGUUUUGAUUUGCUUGCCCGACAUGCAGAUAUGUUUAUUAUAUAGGAAUAUAUUUUCUCCAUCUCUUUCAAUCUGAUUUCAGUACAACCCACAACUUGCAAAAAUCUCUGGAAUUUCACCCUGUUUCUUUCUGUGUAGCAGUUGCUUCCCCUCAUUAUACACUUGAUUUUGGCUGCUUGGGUUUCAUUUCUGGACCAAGUUUUGGUUUGGUUUGAGCUUUUUUUUCUUUUUUUUUGAGCUUUUUUUUUUUUUUAACGUGUUUAAAUGAGUGUUUACUCCAUGUAUCAGUGUGAACAUGUAUGGUGUUGCUACUACACUAACCAAAGCCUCAGUGCUCCCAGGUUACACCUUAAUAAACCUAGCUGUGGUGGUAUUGAGAGCAGAGCCUGCUGUGCUGUCUCUCCGCUCUUUUUCCUGGAAUUCAUAGGCUGCUCUUAUGCACUUGGUUUGCAAUUACAAACCACGGUAUUUCCACUGCCUUGUCCGGGUCCUGGGUGUCUCAGCCUCUCCCAAGUGCUCUUGGUGGUGAGUGUCAUUCAGUGCUGAUUUAGAGCAAUGGCAAGUAAGGAACAGGCUUGGCAGGAUCUGGUACUUAUCUGGCUGGUUUUCUCCCUGAUGGGUUGAUCUACUAAAAAAAUUGUUGAGAAACAGCACAGGAUAUUAUGGCAUGGACAGGAAUAGUGAAAAAUGGAUUUGGCAUCCUGAGUCUGUGGUAAUUACUAAGACAAGCCUCCUUGACAAGCUGAUCUCCUGAGAGCAGCUGACCUUGGCGGGAUGGAAGUGUCUGUGUAAAUGAAGGAGUUGUGUGAGGACGUGGUCCAAGCUGGCUGUUCCCUGGGUGGCAGGUCCCCCUUUUCCUUCUGUGUUUAAAAAACCUGAGGAUAGAACGGACUGCUGCUCCUGGGAGGUGAGCACGGGGUGUGAGCCAGGCUGGGUAACCUGGUUCAUCCCCCCUGGCAGGGCUGGGACCCUGUGCUGGUACCAGCUGUAAGCUGCUGACUCCCUGCCUUUGCAGCCGCUGCUUCCCAUGCUGAAUUGCAGAAUUAUCCUUUCCUAGGCACAAAAGGAGGAGUGAAAACCCUUGCUAUGUCACAGCUUUUGCUGCUUUUGCCUGUGUUGGCCAAAGAAAAGGUGAGGUAUGUGUUUCGUUGCCUCUUUUGUAGCUACGGUACAGAGAGUGGUCAGUGCAAUUAAAAAUCCCUGGUUUUUUGGAAGCCGAAGCCAAACAGCAUUGCCAGGAAAGCAUUCUAGUGAAGCCCUAUAUUCCCUGCUCUUGGUCAGUCCUGCAGUUUCCCUUGGUGUGCCAGGUGCCCCAUCACCCCUGUUUCCACCUUCUGUCAAAUUUACACGGCGCACUUUAGCAGAAGGUUUGGGCGAAAAGACUUUUCCUCUUAAGUUUUGAUAAUAAGCCAGGUAGAUACACCAAGACUUAUUCCUUGCUCUGCUACAAAUUCCUUAAACACCUUCUCAAAUAAAAGCUUGCAAAACGUGUUGGGAAGGAACAGGAUGUUGGAAAAGCUGUGUCUGAGGGGCAAGAGCGUACUGCCGGUGCCGCCUGGGAGCCGCGGUGCCCCAGGGAAGCCGUGGCCAGCGCGGCCCUUGGUGUCCGUGGUAAUGCCCAGGCAGGCAGGCAGAAGGUGGAAGUCACGAGCGUGAGGUGUGUUUUGGUGAAUGAGCCGUGCAUGUCACCAUCCAAAUAUGCUGCUUUCCUGCUUUGUUCCCCUCUUCCCUUCUGUCAGCUUGGAUGUGUCUCCUGCUCCUCAUCCGUCUUGGGAUGGCAGCGGCUGUGCUGGUUCUGCCUCCGCAGCUCCUCUCUGCUCCCGCAUCCAGCUGGCGCAUCCCUGCCCCCUGCCUCAGUGUUAUUUUUCCCUUUGUCUCUUACUGUUGCAAACUAAGAGAAAUGGAUGAUAUUUAUUGUAAAUAUUAGACUUUAGUGUUGUACUGGCCACUCCUGGGUCUGAAUGUUGGAGGCCUUUGGCUGCUGCUGUACUAAAGAGCGCUUGUGGGGGAAGGGGUAGGAGUGACCAGUGGGUUUGUUUGCCACACUUGCAUUAAGGUGUGAUUUGGAGUAUUUUAUUUUUUUUUCUUUUCUUUUUUUGUUUUUCUUUUCUUCCGAAGAGGGGAGGAUAAAGUCUUUCUCUGGUUUUCUCUUACUGGAUGUGAAGGAUAAUUCUGUACUUCUAGUAGAAGAUUUGACAGAAGUGUGUGUUUACGUUGUGUUCGAUUACCAUAUCCAGGUGGCUGUGAGAGCACCUCCUGCGCUGGGCUCUGCCAAGCCGUGUCACUCAGCACUUAGCUAGAUAAGAGAAAGUGUGGAAUUUCUGUGUUUUUAGAAACUUGAACAAUUGCCACAUAAUAGCGGUGCAAUAAUUUUUAUUCAUGUUGUACCUGCAUGUCGAUGUUCAAAUCCUCCUCCAAAAUAAAUAAUUUUUUUUUUUACAUAAA